UCGUUGGUCUCCUCUGCUCUGCUCUCUUCUCUUCCUCUUCCUCGGCGAUCUCUACCAGGUACGCCUCCACGAAACCCUAGGUGUGGUUUGAUGGCUACGACAACAAGCGGUGUGUAUAUCCAUGUAAUCGAGGACGUUGUCAGCAAAGUCCGUGAGGAGUUCGUCAACAACGGAGGCCCUGGUGAGAGUGUUCUCUCCGAGCUUCAAGGAAUAUGGGAGACGAAGAUGAUGCAAGCUGGAGUCUUGUCUGGACCAAUCGACAGGUCAUUGGUUCAGAGGCCAACACCUGGAGGAGGUCCACUGACCCAUGAUCUCAAUGUUCCUUAUGAAGGUACAGAGGAGUACGAGACUCCUACAGCUGAAAUGCUCUUCCCUCCGACACCAUUGCAGACUCCCCUUCCUGGUACUGCUGAUAACUCCUCCAUGUAUAAUAUCCCCACUGGCUCUACUGAUUAUUAUAAUACUCCUGGAACUGAGAAUGGAAGCAACGCUGAUGUCAAAGCAAGACCCAGUCCUUAUAUGCAACCGCCUUCUCCAUGGACAAAUCCAAGGCUUGAUGUCAACGUUGCUUAUGAGCCUGAGAGAGGAAACACUAAUCAGCAGUUUACGCAGGACUUAUUUGUGCCACCCUCUGGGAAACGGAAGCGUGAUGAUUCUUCUGCACAAUAUCAAAAUGGUGGAUAUAUACCACAACAGGAUGGUGCAAGCGAUGCUAUGCCUCAGGCAAACCUUGAGGGUAAUACAUUCUGCAUAACCUUUGUUGGUGAAAGAAAGGUUCCACGAGAUGUCAUCUGCUCAUCUUCAAAAAUUCCUCAAGUUGAUGGUCCAAUGCCUGACGCUUACGAUGAGAUGUUGUCCACACCAAAUAUAUACAGCUAUCAAGGACCUAGUGAAGACUUUAACGAGGCCAGAACUCCUGCUCCAAACGAGAUCCAAACGAGCACCCCUGUUGUUGCUGUACAAAACGAUAUCAUUGAAGAUGAUGAAGAGCUUUUGAAUGAAGAUGAUGAUGACGACGAGUUGGAUGACUUAGAAAGCGGUGAGGAUUUGAACACUCAACAUCUGGUCUUGGCUCAAUUUGACAAGGUGACUCGCACAAAGAGCAGGUGGAAGUGCAAUCUAAAAGACGGGAUCAUGCAUAUAAACGAUAAGGACAUUCUCUUCAACAAAGCGUUAGGCGAGUUCGACUUCUGAGCUUUGAUCAUGACAAUAGCAGCAAUACUUCUAGAGAAGUCGGUGUCCAAUCUGUUUGUUUUACGUUUGAUUCAGACCAAUGUCUCUACUCUGGUUGGAUUGUUGUAUAAAAUAACAGAUUUUUCUUGUUGAAGGGUGUAUCAAUUAUAACUUCCUAAAAUUGUCCGUCUUUCACAACCGUCAAAACAAGUGUGUUUAUCAGUGCUCAGACC